AUCAAAAUAUAUAUAGAUAUACACACACACACUUCACGAUGGACAAACACGCGAAAGUUGAGAUUCUUUCACUCAUACUGCUCGCAUCACUGGCCAUAUCAUUGGCGACACCUCCGGGCAUUGCCAAGAACCCUAGCCAUGCAACAUGCAAGAUCAAGAAGUACAAACACUGUUACAACUUGGAACAUGUUUGCCCCAAGUUUUGUCCCGACUCUUGCACCGUCCAUUGUGCUUCCUGCAAACCCAUCUGCGCCGACGGCUCCACUCCUCCUCCCUCCGAGGGUGAUGCCGGUUCAAACGACGAGCCGUCUCCUCCGGGAGAUGAUGGAAACGGUUCGCAUGGUGACUCGAAUCCGCCAUCGCCGUAUACACCUCCGGUUACGCCUCCGACGUCACCUCCUCCUCCUCCAACUCCCGCUUCACCUCUUCCUCCUCCAACUCCCGCUUCACCUCUUCCUCCAUAUUCUCCUACUCCUCCUUCUCCAACUCCUCCGUCAUUUCCUCCUGUUUCACCUAUUCCUCCAUCUUCCCCUCCAUCUCCUCCAUCUCCAUCCUCUCCUUCACCUUCUACUCCCGCCCCAUCGUCCUCUCCUAUGCCUCCGUCGCCCGUUCCGCCAUCUUCGCCAACCCCGCCUUCUUCUCCUGCACCGUCCUCUCCUCCAUCUGAUGACGGUGAAGCAGCGGGAGUAAGGAGGGUAAGGUGUAAGGAUAAGGCUUACCCUCAUUGUUACGGUGUGGAAUACGCUUGCCCUAAGGCCUGUCCUGAUGGUUGCGAAUUUGACUGUAAAACUUGCAAGACCAUUUGCAAAUGUGACAGACCAGGAUCAGUGUGCCAAGACCCACGUUUCAUUGGUGGCGACGGCCUAACCUUCUACUUCCAUGGCAAGAAAGACAGCGACUUCUGUCUGAUCUCUGACCCUAACCUCCACAUCAACGCCCACUUCAUCGGAAAGCGCAAUCCCGGCAUGAAACGUGACUUCACUUGGGUCCAAUCCAUCGCCGUCCUCUUUGGUAAGCACCAACUCUAUGUCGGAGCCCUCAAGACCGCCACAUGGGACGACUCCAUCGAUCGAAUCUCUGUCUCAUUCGACGGCAAAGACAUCUCACUUCCACUGUUGGAUGGCGCCGCGUGGACUUCUCGUGGUGUGAACCCUUCGGUUUCAGUCAAACGUGUGAACAGCGACACUAACAACAUCGAGGUAGUAGUCGAGGGUGUACUCAAGACCACGGCAAGAGUGGUGCCAAUUACUGCGGAGGAUUCAAGAAUCCACGGCUACAACGUGACGGAAGACGACUGCCUCGCUCACCUCGACUUAGGCUUCAAGUUCUAUGGUCUCAGCGACGAUGUGGACGGCGUGUUGGGACGAACAUAUAGGCCUAACUACGUCAGCCGAGUCAAGAUAGGAGCAUCAAUGUCUGUGAUGGGUGGAGACCGAGAAUUCUCCUCCUCGGGACUGUUCGUCACCGACUGCUCUGUUGCGCGGUUCACACGGGGCGUCAGCGGCGGCCGGAGCACGAUGGAUCUGCCGGGGAUGAGCUGCGCAAGUGGACUUGGUGGAAAAGGAGUGGUUUGCAAGAGAUAGAUGGCUUUGUUUGCUUUGGCUUACAUUUGGUCACCAAAAAACCAAUUCACUACUUCAUUAGUAAUUAUAAAAUGGAUGAGAAUAAUAUAUGUUUUAAGUAAUAAAGAUUAAGAUGAGUUGUUUUCUUGAUUAAAAUGUUACUAGAGGAAACAUAACUCCGUAUUUUGUAAAAGCUA